UUCACAACUCCAACUUCAAAUUCAACACCACCCGGAAUACAGAAAAAAAUGUGAUUAAAUUUCAAUUAAAAAAGUUAACAAUUUAAAUAUUUCUCAAAAAUGAGGGUGCCAUUCUUCCUGACUUCACUGUUCCUCCUCCCCUUCGUCAUGAGGGGUGGUGGGGUGUCAGGAAAUCAAGAAAUCUUAGGCUGCGGAGGUUUCGUGAGGUCGCAGCAUAAACUGGAUUUCGACCAGAUCGAGAUUAAAUUAUUCAGUAAAGGAGGUUCGCUCAAGGUGAAAACGGAAUGCGCCCCGACGACAGGAUAUUAUUUUAUUCCGUUAGAAGCGAAAGGCGAUUAUGUGCUCAAAAUUUAUCCCCCUGAUGGAUGGACUUUUUCUCCGUCAGAAGUUGCCAUUCCAUUCGACGCCGCUACAGACGACUGCUCGCUCGGGAAAGAUAUCAACUUUGACUUUCAAGGGUUCGCCGUAUCUGGUUUUGUGAUUUCUUCAGGUUUUAAGGAGGGCCCUUCCGGCGUUGAGGUUACGUUGGUGUCGGACGAUAAGACGGUGGCCUUAUCGAGUGUGACGGGAGUGAAGGGUGCAUUUCAGUUUGAUUCCAUCCCACCAGGAAAGUAUUCGCUGAAGGGGGCGCAUCCCAGUCUUAAAUUUGUCAAAGCGGCGCACUCGUUCACCAUUUCGAAUAAGAAUGUCGUACUGGACAAAGAGCUCGUCGUUUCCGGUUACGAACUCAGCGGUGUGGUCGCCAGCGAUGGGAACCCGGUGGAAAAAGUGACCCUUGUUCUUGUCACGUCUGACCCGGCCGUGCUCCCUCCCACAGUUUGCACUGGCAGUGGGACAGAAGGGAUUUCUCUCCCGGGCAGUGUCAAAGGUCGCAUCCUGUGUGUCGAGACGUCCAACGCUAAGGGCUCCUUCACCUUUGGGGGAUUAAGUCCUGGGAAAUAUCUCGUUGUUCCGGUGUACAAAGGGGCGAAUAUCGUCUACAACGUGUCCCCUGAUCGUCAAGAGGUCACCCUUGAUCACGCUUCCGCCAAAUUGUCAAAGACAUUUGAAGUUGAAGGGUUUACAGUUCAAGGGAGGGUUAAGGGUCACUCGGGCGCCAAGAUUUUUGUCAACGGGGUCGAAAAAGCUGUAUCCGGACAUGAUGGCACCUUUUCCAUUGCGAAUGUGAAACCGGGCAGUUAUGAGUUUGAAGUUGUUGCUGAUAAAUUCCUGUUUGACAAGAAGCAAAUUUCCAUUCAACCCACAUCCCCGGUAAUUCCGGAUUUUGUCCCGUCGAAAUUCCAAACGUGUGGGACCAUCGCGCUCAAAUCAGCGACGACAGAAGUGACCUUGUCUUUUACCAAAGUGACCUCUUCUCCCUCAACGCCUGCCGUCACCAUCAAGGAAAAAGUUGUUGACGCCGCGUUGGCCUGCGUCUAUCUGCCGGAGGGAAGUUGGAUCGUGAGCGUGACCUCAGCUGGUCCUCAGACGAAGUAUUUCCUCCCAGAAAAGGUCACGUUGGCGGUUCCAUCGGGAGCGCGGUUCUCUUUCGCUGAGUUCAGUGGGAGCAUUUCCGGUUCGGUUGAGUGCAAGUUGUCCUCAUGUGAUGGGGUCGUGGUCAGGCUCGAGAAUAAGGAUGAAGGGAGCGGAGUUGUGGUGCAGGAACAAAUUGUGACGAAAGGAGAGGGGAAAUUCUCUUUUGGAGGGUUGCAGUCGGGGAUUUAUAGGGUCAAGGUUGACUCUGACCGCUACUGCUGGAAAUCUCCCAGCCUGGAUGACAUCACUCUGAAAAAUGUAAACAUUGCUUCCCUUGCCUUCCACCAAACUGGAAUUCCCCUCGAGAUUGACUCAACCCACUCCACCAAGGUCAAAAUCACCGGAAAAACGGCUGCUGCAACUCAAACUCUUAAUCUUGAGGGAGGCAGUCGACCUACAAAAGUUUGUCUGACGGACGCCGCCUCGCCCCCAGAUUCAUAUCGAGUCACGCCCGAAGGAUGUCACACCUUCGAACGAGACGUCUACUCGUUUACACCUGGCGUAAAGUUGCAACUCGUCGCCAAAAAGCAUGCCCACUCUUGGAAAAUCACGGCACCCAAGAAAAUUCUAGAUUUGAAAGUCACCCGAAAUUCAGAACUAUCUGUGACCUUUGAGGAAGGGAAGAGCACUAAUAAUGAUGUCAAGAUUGUAGAGGAGGUCACUUCAGGUCAAGUCGUUUACACGGUCACAACCCAGGAGGAGCCUGGUCUUUCGGUGAAAUGGGAAGUUUUCUCGUUCGGAUUCAUCUUCGAACCUGCCACGUUUCCUAUUAGUACGCAGAGCGAUUGUAAAGUGAAUUUGGCUCAGGUUGUGGCGAAACAGAGUCACGUGAUCAAGGGGAAGUUUACGCCACCGUUAGAGGGAGUCGAAAUCCGCAUUGAUCUCGUCGGCGACCCUGACGCAACCACUUUCGUGACCUCCUCCUCCUCUGGAGACUACAUCGCUGGCCCCUUCGUUCACUCUUCCGGGUUCAAAGUGACCCCCACUCUGGCCGGCUAUACGUUCAAACCCACCCCCUCCGACCCCCAUUCCUUCCUCGUUUAUCAGCUUGCCAAAAUUGUUGUCAUCGUGGAAAACGAGGCCGGCGUCGCGGUUCCCAACGUCCUCCUCUCGCUCUCCGGACCAUCUUCCUACCGUCAAAAUAAGAUGACCGAUGAGGCCGGGAAAAUGACCUUUGGUGACCUCAAUCCUGGUGGGUACUAUUUGAAAGCGCUCCUCAAAGAGUUCCAAUUCCUCCCGAGCGCGCUCAACAUUGAUCUCAAGGAGCAGGAAGGCAAGGAGAUUAAGUUGUCAGCGGUACGCGAAUCGUUUUCGUUGCACGGUCAACUAACUUCGUUAAGCGGUGAGUUGAUGCCGCAUCUCCUGGUGACGGCGAAAGGCAUGGGUAAUUGUAGCGAAUAUGGGGAAGAGGGUGUGUCCGAUGAAGGCGGAAAUUUUCGAAUUUGGGCACUCAAAUCCUAUUGCACAUAUCAAGUAAGUGUGGCAAGGAAGGAUGAAUUCGCGUCAAAGGUGGAACGCACGAUUCCGGAAAGUAUGGAAAUCAAGAUUGGGGCAUUCGACGUGCACAACACGACGUUCAUCAUCCUCACCCCCGUCCGUCGAAUGGACGUGUCUCUCCGCGUUCAUACCAACAAUGAAAAGUCGCUCGACACGCUUAAAGCGUCCGUGUACUCGGUGUCCUCUCCAGACAUGCCCAUUCACACGACCCCCUUCGCCGGAACGUCCUACAUCAUCCUGCCCCCCAUUCCGAAGGACGGGUCGGACUACGUCGUCACAUUCGAGUCCACAUUGAACAAGUUCCAAUACACGUACACCCUUCCGCAAGACAUCGCCUUCCCCGCGGACACGGCCUACGCCCACUUCGCGCUCAACUUUGACAUCCAUCCCGCUUCGGGAGAUCAAGAAAUUGGGAAAAAUUCGUACAUUGCGCUCGCCCUGAUUAUCUUCGUAGUUGGAUUGAUCGCCAAUUUAGAGAGGAUUGUGACCUGGGGAAGAGAAAUGGCGGAAUCCUAUGGUAUCCUGGGUGGGAGGAGGCUCAAAACGAAGACGAAAUAAGGAGAGGAAUUAAUUAAAAUGAAGGAGUUCGUGAUGUUGUAAUUUUUAAAAUUGGGAAAUGUAGAAAUAGAAAAAUUGUGAAGGGAAAUCAGGCUAAAAAUGUAUCUUUAUUUUGUACCAGUUUGCAAAUAAUUUUACACAAAUUUAUAUACCGAGUGAAUUUUCUAACUGCAAAAUUAUUUAGUAAUUCACUGGAAAGUUUACAACUAAAUUUAAUAGACAAGUUUACAAAGAUUACGAAUGAAAACCAAGUUACUCUAGUCGAUUGUAAACAUUUCUGUAUUUUGUACCAGGUCGCAAAUAAUUUUUGCAUAAACAUCCGAAUUGAAUUUUCUACUAAUUUUGCAUUCACUCGAAAGUUUGUGACGCAAUAAAAAUAAAUUUACGAAUAAAAGUUAGGUUACUUACAAGUCGCUUAUAAAGUUACAACUAGAAUAGAGAAAUGUAUGUAUAUAAGUCAUAAAUGUGGUGGUAUGUAAAAUUUAUAUAAAAUGUGAACCUGCGCUGCUGAUUAUCAAAUAUAAUAAACACAGAUCGAGUAAAAAAAGGAUGGAUUUUCUGAAUAAAAAUUUCCAAAUAAUUUUAAA